ACCGCGCACGAGACCGCGAUCAGUCGUGCCGUGAGGCUCUAGAAGUGUACUCUACCGCUUUUCCCGAUCUAGACAACACACUUUACUCAUUUGAGUCAUUUAAAUACCACCCGGCAUUGUAAACGUCAACCUAACAACGUGUACGCCAAAUAGGUAGUGGACAACGACUUUCUUCUGGUCCUUCGAGCCGGAUAAGGCUUCUCGCGGUUUUCCUCGACGCAUUGCGUUCGUGUUUUAUUUCCCUUCAGUUCUCCGCACACUGUGUGCUCUUCUACUGUAACUACGUCUACGCUGGAAGACUUGCUGGCGCUCAAUUUAAACGGACUAGGGAAAAGCGACUCUGCAUAACCAUCUGUGUCAGUUUAUGUGAUUUCUGUGUUACUUUAGUUUAGGAAUGUCGAAAACGUGAUCGUAUGGAAUCAAAAGUUUUCACCGGAAGAUCGUUUAAUGUGUUUUAAAGUCGUCUUCUGUGUAGUUCUCGGUGUUUCCACUUGUGACUUGUGAAUCUUUGUAUUUUGACCAUGGAUAUACUACCAUCAGGACAUAUUUUCCGAGAGCUCCAGGAUAUUCACGAUACCGGCUAUUUUUCUGCACAACCUUCCUUGGACGAUCAUUGGCAACAGACAUGCUAUGAGAUGGAGCGAUACCUGAAAGACGAGCCAAAAAUGCAAACAUUAAAAAAAUUACCCGCAGACAUGGAAAGGACGUGGUUCGAAGUGAAAUGUUUGGACGACUACUCGGAGCGACACCUUGACGCAUUCAGCUCAGCCAGUUCGCCUUGCUCGUGGGACGGCGCUCUCAGUUGCGCGGUACUCGUGAAACAGGAACCCAUAGACGACGAAGAAGAGGAAGUACAUUCGGACGCCGACGACGCCCUUCAAUUACGCUUAGUGCCACACAGGAACUCUACCGCUACCCUCACACCUCCCUCGAGUCCCGAGUCCGGUCCUGGACAUAGUAACGGCAGUAGUUCUAGUGCCAGUGAGUUGGACGUUUGCGGGUUGAGGGUGAACACCGUUUCCAGAAACGCGAUAGUACGGGUACGAGCGACAGGGUUGGCUCGGUAUAUUUCGGUGGUGCCAAGAGCUGCGGCGAACCCUAUGACAAGUCAAACCACGAGCGUGACGACGAAGCACAGUCGACUGGAUCACUCGCCGGACAGUAAGAGGCGGAUACACAAAUGUCAGUUCUUGGGCUGUAAAAAGGUUUACACGAAAAGUUCUCACCUCAAAGCGCAUCAAAGGACGCAUACAGGGGAAAAACCAUACAAAUGUUCAUGGGAGGGAUGCGAGUGGAGAUUCGCAAGAUCGGACGAGCUCACCCGUCAUUACCGCAAGCACACGGGAGCCAAACCUUUCAAGUGUCGCCACUGCGAUCGCUGUUUCAGCCGAAGCGAUCAUCUGGCUCUGCACAUGAAGAGACACGCUUAAUGAGGUCGUGGAUGAGGCUACAAGGUCUCGCUUUGCCGUGUCAUCUGCAUCACUGCCAGUUACCGCUAGAGUACAAUAAAUGCUAUGGGAAAACUGCCGUACAGGAAUAUGUAAUUUUACAAUAUGUGAAUUUGGGAAAUUACCAAGCAAAGAUCAUAUAGAACGAGAUUAGUUUCAUGUGAAGCCCUUGGAAUCUAUACCUUAUUAUGUUCGAUUAAAGUGAUAAAAAUUGUAUGCAAAUAUUUCUAUUAUGAUUA